GUUUUAUUGGUCUACAUUCCAACCAAUAGAAUUCCAGAGAAAUGUCCUCAGUGUUGAAAACAUACUGACAAGAACAUGUUUGUCAGAACUGCCAACCAUUCAGAUGACUGAGGAUGCUGCUGCUGUUGGCGUUUUGCUUUAAACAUUCAUUCAUGACCAGUUCUUAGCCAGUGAAAGCUGACGUGUGUUUCCGUCCUCGCUGAAACCACCGUUGGCCUAGAUUACAACACUCAGCCAAAAAGAAGAAGUGUGCAUCUUGUAAAUUCAAUUUAUCUGCGUCUGAAACCAACUGAUCUGCGGUGACUUAACUCUGUGUUUCUGCCUCUGAAUUGUUAAUUAUAAAUCAGGAAUAAUGGAGGAAGAAGUAAGUUACACAACGGUGAUUUUCAAGACGAAUGAAUCUUCUACACUCGGGUCUUGGGGGCGGAGUCUAUCCCAGCUGACUCAGGGUGAAGGCAGGUUCACCUGGACAGAAAAACCAAAGAACCUGGAAGUAAUCUAUGACGAGGUGAAGGCUCAGGAGCAGGCGGUGCAUCCUGUCAGAACAGAGAAUAAAACGGGGUCUCCCCUCUGCACCCUGCCCACGGUGGUUGUAGCAGGUCUGGGGAUGACUUGUGUCGUCUUGGUGUCGGUCAUUAUCGCCCUCGGUAUCCACUUCACAUGGGAGUACCAAGAAAACAUCAACCUAAAAUCAAGGAACUGGCAGCUGGAGGCAGAGAAGCUCGCCUUACAGAGACGAGCCGAAGAGCUGGUCAGAGAGAGAGACCGACUCAACUGGACCAUGGGAGUCAUACUGGAACAUGAGAACUUUCCAGUGACCACACACUGUCCACAGAGAGUUUGUGGACCUUGUCUGAAAGACUGGGUGCUGUUCCAGUCAAGCUGCUACCUGUUUGUCUACCAGUGGAGGGGCUGGCAGGGAAGUCGUGAUCAUUGCAAAGGAAAGAAUGCUGAUCUGGUGGUGAUUGAAAGCCAGGAGGAACAGGAAUUCAUCAGUAACCGCACAGAAGGCUACUACGAGGAAAGCCGUGGCUACUGGAUCGGCUUGAAGCUCGAGGACACGACGGACACGUGGACGUGGGUCGAUGGAAGCAACUCCACAGUGACGUACUGGAUGCCACAAAGCGACACCCCAGGACUGUGUGCUUUAAGUCUGAAACGUGUGAAUCCUCUGGAGACGUGGCACAAAGCCAGCUGCUCCAUAAGGAACCGCUGUAUCUGUGAAACGAAAGCCUUGAUCAGAUCACAUUAGGAGUCGGUUCCAUCUUAUCUACUGACACCGUCUGUCUUUAUCCUGAAAUUUGGAAAGUAAAAUAGGAUUGUUUUUCAUAAUUUUUUAUUACUUUUUUUGGAGGAUCUAUCUGUACAAACACUGCAGGGUACGCCACCUUGGAGUUUUAUGUACCCACUAUGAAUGUAUUUAGGCCUAAAGCAACCAGGUAACAUCAAUAAACAGGUAAUAAAUAGUUAAAACUGUAAAUACAUAUCUAAAGGUAUAUUAAUAAGGAGGCAAAGCAGAACAGAAGUGCCAGUCCAUGUCACCUUCUAUAAAUUACUUUUUUGAAAAUUGGAUUUUCAGCAUUACAUACAAUCUUAAUGUACAUUAUAAUUCAGUUUUCUUCUAUUUUUUUUUUUAACACGAAACAUCUCAAACAAUAAACCCCACACACACACAAACAGAUGAAGAAAAUUCUAAGUAACAGAAACAUCAGAUACAAACAUAACAGACAAAUAAGUAAACAGAAAUCAAGUCAAAUCUAUUCAUGACUUCAUGACCACAUUUAUUAAUUAGUGUUAUUGUUGGUGCAUCGGUGGCAUGUCCAUUUCUCCUCUACAUGAACAUACGUGAAUUUCAGCACAGUGACCCACUAGAACCUCAGAAAUGAGCAUAAAGUAGAAUCAGCACCUCUGAAACGGUAAAAGCCUCCACUGAAGGCUGAAGGCUGAAGGCUGAAGGCUGAAGGCUGAAGGCAGGGUUGUUGUGUUUAGACGACAUCAGACUUUACAGGUGCACAAAAAAGACUUUAUUAAUAAUAAUUGGUGUCUCACUGUGUUUUCUCAGUGUUGACAUUGUAAUUUACAUAAACAGUUAAUUAGCUGAUUACAGCCCCUGUAACGAGGCUUUGCAGUAACGGGCUGAGUCUGUAUCCUGGCUCGCCCUGUAAUGACCAACAGCUGUUUCUGUCCUUCUGCUUUUCUGUCAUGUCGUUUCUGGUUUUCAUCAUUUUGUGUCUGAUUUGUGUUGUUUUGU